AGAACCGGCUUGAGCAGAACCAUUUCUGUGGAGUCCAUCGCUCCCAAGUUCACCUCGUUGUUCAAAAGAAAGAGAAAGAGAGAAGACGACUCCAGCCACUCCACGCCGGCUGGAUCAGCCUCCGAGUCCGAGGAGGAGGAGCCCUCCAAGAAGCGCAGAUUGAUAAAAACCAAAGAACAGAUCGAGUUCGAGGCCAAUGAAAUCAAAUUAGACGAAGCAUUGCCGGAAGAAUUGCGCAAGUUCAGGCCAAACGGCUACAAGUUCAACAUUCCCCCCAAGGAUCGCCCCAUCAGAAUAUAUGCCGACGGGGUGUUUGAUCUAUUCCACUUGGGCCACAUGAAGCAGUUGGAACAGGCCAAAAAAUCAUUCGAAAACGUAGAAUUGGUAUGUGGCAUUCCUUCCGACCUCGAGACGCAUAAGCGCAAGGGCUUGACGGUUUUGACAGAUCAGCAGAGAAUUGACACCUUGAAACAUUGCAGAUGGGUGGACGAGGUGAUUCCAAAUGCCCCCUGGUGUGUGACCACCGACUUUCUCUUGGAGCAUAGAAUCGACUACGUGGCCCAUGAUGACUUGCCGUACGCUUCCACCGAUUCAGACGAUAUAUAUAAGCCCAUCAAAGAGAUGGGAAUGUUUUUAACAACCCAAAGAACUGAGGGUAUCUCCACCUCAGAUAUCAUUACCAAGAUCAUCCGUGAUUACGACAAAUACUUGAUGAGAAAUUUUGCCCGUGGUGCCACUAGAAAGGAAUUGAACGUUAGUUGGUUGAAAAAGAACGAGUUGGAAUUCAAAAAGCACAUCAACGACUUUAGAAGCUACUGGAAGAAGAACCAGACCAAUCUCAACAACGUCUCCAAGGAUCUCUAUUUCGAAGUCAGAGAGUAUAUGAGAGGGAAGAAGUUUGAUGUGCAGUCCUUUUUAGACAACAAUAGCUCUGCCUCCCUCAACAGCGACUCGGAAGACUUACAUUCACGCGCCAGCUCUCCAUUAACUGACUUUGCUUCCAAAUAUAUUGGAAACGCUAAUAAGGAAUUGAAUGGGAAGUCUUUAUUCGCCAACGUGAAGGAAUGGAUG